AUUCGAAAGUUCGAAACAUAGAUGUGGCCACAUUGUUGAUUGCUUAGUACCGCCUGUUAAGUCGUGUUAACAGGAAUUAAUUUCAACAACUCACUAUUACCACACUAUUACAUUGACAAGUUCAAAGUUUUUUAGUAUUCAUUCGUUAACAGAAAGUUAGAUAAAAGUUGCUAGAUAGAAGUAUAACGACGUUGAAUUUUUACUGGCGUUUUGUGCCUAUUAAUGGAAUGCAGUACCUCACAAUAAACUUAUUUGUUUUUAUCUAGCCUGGGUCAUGUCUAAAGACGGCCGUCACAACUACGAUCGUGAUACAAGUACUGACACUGAAGAUUAUCAAGACACUGAAGAUCAUAGGCGCCGUGUGUUCAAAACAAGACUAAGUUAUGGAAGUUCCUUAAAACCCAAAUCGUGUUUGGUACAACGUCAUUCAACUGGUAACCAGUUGGCUCUGACACCAAUCAAUAAACAACAAACAACUUUAGUGAGAAAUAGAAAAGCUAUGCCCAGAUUUUCUUGCUCAAUGAAUUCUAUGAAAAGUCUGAUGAAUCAAAAUGCAACUACUUCAGGUUCAUCCUAUCCAAGUACUUCAGGUUCAAGUCAUUUAACUAACUCUAGAAACAAUAUUGCUAAUAAAGAAGAAAGAGUAACUCUUAUUGUAGAUAACACUAGAUUUAUUGUUGACCCAGCUAUAUUCAUUGCACACUCAAAUACAAUGCUUGGAAGAAUGUUCAGUUUUAAUGAAUAUACAAAUAAAAAUGAACGUGGAGAAUAUGUAGUAGCAGAAGGUGUAUCAGCAAAUGUAUUUAGGUGCAUUUUGGAGUAUUAUAAGGGUAAUGUAAUGCGGUGUCCAUCUUCAAUUUCAGUUCAAGAACUGCGUGAAGCUUGUGAUUAUUUGUUAGUACCUUUUGAUGCUAAAACAGUCAAAUGUCAAAAUUUAAGAGGAUUAUUACAUGAGCUGUCUAAUGAAGGAGCUCGUUGUCAAUUUGAAGUAUUUUUAGAGGAUCUAAUAUUACCUUUAAUGGUCAAUUCUGCUCAACGAGGAGAUCGUGAAUGUCAUGUAGUAGUCUUAUUAGAUGAUGAUAUAGUGGAUUGGGAUGAAGAAUAUCCACCUCAAAUGGGAGAAGAAUAUUCACAAACUGUAAACAGCACUGCCUUAUAUAGAUUCUUCAAGUACAUUGAAAAUCGAGAUGUUGCCAAACAAGUAAUGAAAGAACGUGGUCUUAAAAAGAUUCGUUUAGGUAUUGAAGGUUAUCCAACUUAUAAAGAAAAAAUUAAAAAAAGAGCUGGUGGUCGUGAAGAUGUGAUUUAUAAUUAUGUUCAAAGACCUUUUAUCCAUAUGUCAUGGGAAAAAGAAGAAGCCAAGAGUCGCCACGUAGAUUUCCAAUGCUUAAAGUCCAAAUCUGUGACUAAUUUAGCAGAAGCGACUGCUGAUCCUGUUUUGGAAUUAGAUGCUAGAGGUAACCCUAUGGGAGCAGUAGCCAUAGAUCCAGAUAUUCGAGUGGUAUAUGAUGGCCAUGAUCAAGAUGAUGGAGCAGUAGACUCACCUCCUCCUCCUGCAAUUUCAGAAGCUGAACAAAAUGAUGAGUCUCAACCCAAUGAUCAGUAAUAUACAAUGGAAUUUAUAAAUACCAUAUUUUUUAUUGUUGCUAAAUAAUCAAGUGGUGAUCUUUAUUUUUUUCAACAAGCAUAU